AUGAGUUUCCUCUCUGACCUCGCAAACGAUGUCGAAAACCUGCCAGACGAUGCCGCUCGCAUGACCGGCGAAGGCGUCGGUGACGUUGAGAGUAUCCCCCAGGACGCCGUUCGAGACGUACAAGAUAUUCCACAAGAUGUCGACAGGAGCGUCGACAAUGCCGCAACCGAUGUGGGGGAUACAGUGGGAGAUGUGCAGAGGUUCGACAACGGGGUGGACAAUUCAUAUCGUCUUACAGAUAUGGCAGACACAGCAGCACGCAUAGCCGGUCAGGGCGUCGGCGACGCCGAGCGGGCGCCACAAGACGCCGAGCGCGAUGUCCAGAACAUCCCGCAGGACGUCGAUACAGGGGCACAGAAUGCGGCGCAAGACGUCGGAGACGCGGUGGGAGAUGCGCAGAGGUUCGAUAAUGGGGUCGACAAUUCGUACGAUCAGGGGAGGAACCAGGGCCAGUCCGGGAAUUAA